CAAACGUAGAGAGAGCGGCUAAGGUUAGAAUGAAGGGGGAAAAUGGGGUAUCUUUUGGAGGGUGAUGGGUGCAGAUCUACCACGCAAGCAUGGAGAGGGAAGCGCCGGCUGAAGACGCUGAGGGAUGGGCCGGGCACGUAGGAGAAAGGGAAGGUUGGGAAAUACCAUUUUCAGAAGGGGAUUGAGGAAGGUACUAUCUGAAGGGCGUGAGACGUGGAAGAUGCCACUUGGGUAGUGGUGGGAGCCGGGUGUGUGGGGAACGCAGUGGAACUGACGUCGCCCACAGCCCCAUUUUCUUGUCUUUAGCCUGAUCCUUCUCCUGCCAUGAGUAGCCUAGUGCGGACUGAACAGCUGCGCGGGGAGUUCCCUCUGCUGGUGUCUGGCGGCCCCUACUCGGUGGUGGUUCUGCUGCAGGGCUACGCGGAGCCCGAGGGGGUCAGUGACGCCGUGCGCGCCGACGGUUCCGUGACCCUUGUCCUGCCCCAGAAUCGGGCCCUGGUCUCUAGCCACCGAGAGUCCCCUUUCGGGGGCGGCGGGGCGAAUACCGCCCUGGAGGAGGCGGCCCGUGGCCCUAUGGUCGUGGACACUGGGGGCCCCUGGGCUCGGGAGGCACUGUUGGGGGCCCUAGCUGGGCAAGGCGUGGCCCCGGGAGAUGUGACUCUGGUGGUGGGGACCCACGGGCACUCUGAUCACAUCGGGAAUCUGGGGCUGUUCCCGGGGGCGGCUCUUCUGGUCUCGCAUGACUUCUGCCUCCCGGGGGGCCGCUACCUCCCCCACGGGCUAAGUGAGGAGCGACCCCUGCGGCUGGGGCCCGGUCUCGAAGUUUGGGCCACGCCGGGCCAUGCGGGUCAGAAAGACGUGAGCGUGGUGGUGGCGGGCACAGCCCUGGGCACCGUGGUGGUGGUGGGUGACGUGUUUGAACGCGAUGGCGACGAGGACUCGUGGCAGGCACUGAGCGAGGACCCAGUGGCCCAGGAGCGGAGCCGGAAGAGGAUACUAAGCGCUGCCGAUGUGGUCGUGCCUGGUCAUGGGGCCCCCUUUAGGGUGGUCAGGGAAGCCUCAUAGCCGGAGACAAAGGGUGCGGGUAAGAUCCAACAGGAACCCGAGGUGGGAAACUAGGAGGUCAUCUUGCACCGACAAGUACUGGGAAGGAGCUGGACUCUUGUCAGGAAAGCCCUCCAGGCCAAGGAACUGGCUUCCAGGAGACUGGAGUACCCCGGAUGGUCCCAUCUUCUAGCCCUUGCAAGAGGCGAGUUUUCUAGUGAAGAUACACUAUUCUUCUAGCCAAUGCCAUCACCAGUAUUACUCUCUGCCUGUUUCUGGAACCAGACUAGGGCCAGGGACUGGCUCAGCUCUGUGUGUAACCUCCUAAGCCCUCACUGGUAAAAUGGGGAGAAUGUUCUUGUGAAUCGGCCAAAAUAAAAAUAAUAAAAGUAGAAAACCAGCAUUGGAAAUUAUACUGCCCCACUAUAUAUGUGAAACAUUAAUAAUGAUAACUGUUUAUCAGUACCAGUUGCCGUGGAGUCUGUGCCAACUCAUGGUGACCGCAUGUGUGUCAGAGUAGAACUGUUCUCCAGAGGGUUUUCAGUGGCUGACUUUUCCAAAGUAGAUUGCCAGGCCUUUCCUCCAAGGUACCUCUGGGUGGGCUUGAACCUCCAACCUUUUUAUUGGCAGCUGAGUGGGUUUACAAUUUGCAUCACCCAGGGACUCCAGGUGAUAACCAUGCAUAUAUAAUAAUUAGCAACUGCAGCAGGGAGAGGCUUUGGCCAAUUGCCUGUUUCCCAUAGGGUAUAGGCUGCCGAGAGAAGGUGCAGGGCAUAGAGGUGACAUGUCAGUCAUCUCACUUUAAUCCAUUAGAAUAUUUGGAAUCUGCAAUUUCUCAGACACUAUUCUAGGUCGUGGGAGUCUGGGUAGCACAAACGAUGAAGCGCUGGAUUACUAGCCAAAAGGUUGGUGGUUCAAACCCACCCAGAGGUGCCUUGCAAGACAGGCCUGGUGAUCUGCUUCCAAAAG